AAGAAAAAAACUAAGAAAAAAGACAAUAAUCACAUAUUUUAACACCAAUUCAAAAUGCCUAACAAAUUGUGGAGAACUCACCCCAGAAACUACGGUAAAGACUCUAAGGAAUGCAGAGUUUGUGGUGCCAGAUAAGGUCUUAUCACCAAGUAUGAAAUGAUGACUUGCAGAAGAUGCUUCAGAGAAUAAGCUCCUCACAUUGGUUUCGUCAAGUACAGAUGAAGAACCUUAUGUAAACGGAGAUUAGCAAAAAUUUAAAAUAUACUCAAAAUAUAUCUAUUGUAUGUGAAUAAUAGAAAUAUAGAUUUAAAUUUAACUAAUUGCUUCUUUAUGUAAGCUAACUUGCAUAAUAUAUUAUUACAUAUAGAUAACUUUUUAUUUAAAUCUGUUCUAACUUAAUUCAUCAAAAUCAUUUCAAAAAAACAGCCUUUCUCUUUGUUUUAUUCACCACUCUUUUCAAUCUUAAUCUUGGAGUAUAUAUAAAUUAAUUUAUGUUUCUUAAAUUAAUUAAUUAAUUAAUUUUCGACCAAAACAAAACACAAAUAUUUUUAUCACUCCUAAAUAUUAAAAUGCAACAAAAUUCAGCUAAACUAAAUAAAACAAAGCAAAAUAUUAUUCAUUAAUAUUUCUAACAAUUUUAGACAAUUUGCACUAGAAAGUAAAAAUAAAGAAAUAAAUAAAUAAAUAAAAACUUUCUAUCUAUUUUUCUAUCUAUCUAUAAAGGUAUCCUUAAACAACUUAAC